UUUGCUUGCCUCACAGGAGCUCCAGACUUUAUGCCAAAGAGGACUAUUUCUUUUCCUUUUCAAAAUGAAGAUGGACCUGGAGGUCAGUGAGCCACUAGACUUUAGCUCUGGAGAUCAUCCACAGUUGGGGCGAAAGGCAGCGGAUAAUGAAAAUGACCAGUCCAAAGCCGGUCCUGCCCACACACAUUCAACUUCAGUUGGGUCAAGGAAAAUCCCUGCGGAUCCUAAGCCAAAGACUGAUGAGCAAUUGGACGCCUAUAUGGUACAAAUUUCAGAUGAGAGCAGCCCAGCUGAAAGUGCUACAAAUGUGACCAACCAGUUCUCAGACGCAUCUGUCCGCAGAGCUUUCAUUAGGAAAGUGUUCCUCCUCCUGACAGUGCAGUUGCUUGCCACUGGGGCCAUCAUGUGCGUGUUUGUUCUCUGGAGAGCUUUGAAAGUUUGGAUACUCCUGAAUCCCUGGUUCACCUAUGCACUCUUACCAGCAUUUUUAAUUAUAUUUAUUGUACUGGCUUGCUGUGAGCAUAUCCGUCAUCAGGUGCCUACAAAUUACAUUCUCCUGGCAAUCUUCACAGUUCUUCAAGGUCUGCUGCUGGGAACUCUAACAGUUUUCUAUAACGCCAACGAACUGUUCUGGGCCAUCCUGUCCACUGCCGUGGUGACGUUUUCGCUCACCAUUUUUGCUCUGCAAACAAAAUUGGACUUCACCUUGCUAAAUGGAGUGCUGUUUGUUUCUCUCAUCAUAUUACUGCUCUACGGGAUUGUCCUCAUCUUCAUACGAUCGUAUUGGCUGCAUGCGCUGUACGCUGCGCUUGGAACGAUCCUCUUCUCAUUAUACCUGGUCAUAGACAUGCAGAUGAUGAUUGGUGGCAAGCAUCAUUAUUAUAGCCUGAGUCCUGAAGAGUAUGUUUUUGCUGUUCUGAGCAUCUACUUGGACAUCAUCAACAUUUUUAUUUUUAUUUUGCAACUGGUUGGCCUCGGACGGUAGAUCUGUGCUCAGAACUUGCUGAAGAAGAAAGGGAGUGGUGCCGGGCUCAGGCACACAAAGCCAACCCUGCAGACGCCCUGGAUUUAAAGACCUUUUUAGACUGUAUGUAUGUAUAUAUUUGGAAAAUGAAUGGUAGUUGUAGCUUUUCAUAUUUUCAGUUUCUUAUCACAUAGCAGAUCCUUCUGGGGCCAUUUCUGAUUUUUGUAAAUUCAGAAGAUGAGUGUUUUUCACUUAUGAAAGACUGCCUUUCCGUGUUGAAGUUACCUCUUCUCUCUGUUCCUCCUUCCAGGAGAUGUUUAAACUAUAAAUAGCAUCUCUCUACAUGAAUAAAAUUGAUUGUAGAAACCUA